AUGGAUAUAGAUGUGAAUCUCCAAAAAGAAAAGCAUUAAGAUAGAAUAUAAAAACAAUUAAAUAUUCACUAAUAAUUAAUCAAAUAGGCUCUUAAAAAUUAUAAUAGAUAAAUAAAAAUGGGAUUGAAUACAGAUCCAAAACUUUAGGUGUACGAUUUUAAGUUGUUAAAGCCAUAUUAUUUUUAAUUAAAAGAUCCAUUUAAAGGACAUUGGAUGAAAUAAAUACCAAAAAGCUAUUAUAAAGAAAAGAAAUAACAAAAAUAAGAAUAGGAUCUUCAUUAGUUGUUAUGA